UAUCUGACAUAAUAUAGCUUUGCAAUGGUUAUAAAUGAGCGCUCAGUUUGCUUCUGAAUUUGCUGUGGAACAGUCGCGUCGCCAACAUGCCCAGAAAAGUUUACGUAGUAGGAGUUGGUAUGACGAAAUUCGUCAAGCCAGGCACUGGCGGAGAUUACCCCGACUACGCUAAAGUGGCAGUCCUUGACGCGUUAAAAGACGCCAGUGUUAAAUACGAAGACAUCCAACAAGCUUUCUGUGGGUACGUCUUCGGAGACUCCACAUGUGGCCAACGUGUCCUAUACCAAGUGGGCAUGACUGGCAUACCAAUCUUCAAUGUCAACAAUAACUGUUCCACUGGCUCAAAUGCUCUUUACCUCUGCAAGAAACUAAUAGAAGGUGGCAUCAUCGAUGUCGGCUUAGCAUUGGGCUUUGAAAAAAUGAGCCCUGGUGCUCUCGGCAAUGCUGUAUUCACAGAUCGAGCUGACCCUCUAGAAAGGCAUAUAGACAAAAUGGGAGAAAUGACGAAAGUCCUCCCCGGUCCUCUGACGCCACAAUAUUUCGGAAAUGCAGGCAUAGAACACAUGAAAAAGUAUGGCACAACUGAAGUUCAUUUAGCGAAGAUCGCGGCGAAGAAUCACCGUCACGGUGUGAAGAACCCAAGAGCGCAGAGUAAAAGGGAAUACACAGUGGAAGAGAUAUUGAAUUCGAGGAAGAUAUACGGCCCAUUGACAAAAUUAGAAUGUUGUCCCACUAGCGAUGGAGCCGGAGCAGCUGUUCUGAUGUCUGAAGAGGCCGUCAUCAAAUACGGACUCCAAAAUAAAGCCGUCGAAAUUAUUGGUAUGGAAAUGGCCACAGACACACCUGCUGUAUUCGAAGAGAAUAGUCUAAUGAAGAUUGUCGGCACGGAUAUGAUCGCUUUGGCAGCUAAACGUAUUUAUGAGAAAACUGGCGUAUCGCCAAAACAGGUGGAUGUUGUGGAGCUCCAUGAUUGUUUUGCGACUAAUGAAAUGAUUACUUAUGAAGGAUUGCAGCUAUGUGGAGUAGGUGAAGCAGGAAAGUUUAUUGAUGCUGGUGAUAAUACUUAUGGAGGGCAGGUGGUAGUCAAUCCCAGCGGUGGGUUGAUAGCUAAGGGGCAUCCACUGGGCGCGACUGGGUUAGCUCAGUGCGCUGAACUAGUGUGGCAACUCAGAGGAGAAGCUGGUGAAAGGCAGGUGAAAGACGCCCGCAUAGCCUUACAACACAAUUUGGGACUCGGUGGUGCCGUGGUACUAACAAUGUACAAAAAGGGAUUCUCCAAUGUAACACCGAGGAAAUUGUCCAAAUUAUAAAAUGGUUAUAACUAAAAGAAAACCGCACAAACCUCAUUUACACAGUAGAAGAAUCCAACAACCCGAUUUUUCAUCACAAGUUAAAAAAUCAUCACUAGCGC